CUCUCUAUCUCUCCCUCUCUCUCUCUCCCUCUCUCUCUCUCUCUCUUACAUUAGAGCUUUCCAUCUUUUGCUUGCAUCGCACUCGCUUUGACAGUGUUAAAUGAAAGCGCUCAUCAUGGCGCGUAUCGUAGUAGUUUUUGCGCACCUGUACCCAGCUGUGUUUAUUGCUUUCGCGUGGAUGUCACUGUUCGGACCGAUUUCAUGUCAAAGCAACAUCAUAAACCGGAGAAACGAAGGGGACCACGAGCUUGACAGCCGCGGUGGACAUGCCAUUGGCAGAGAUGAAACGCUUAUCCCGGCGCAAGAGCAUGGAGAUUACAGCGGGGACCCAGGCGGAGCGGCCAUGGGUGUUCCCCGAGUCCGGAGGGCAUCGACUUCGGAGAAAGUCUCUCUUGUCAGCAGCUCUUUCGUCCUUAAAGGGGAUGCCACCCACAACCAGGCAAUGGUUCACUGGACGGGUGAGAAUAGCAGCGUCAUCCUCAUUCUCACUAAAUAUUACCAUGCAGAAUCCAACAAAGUUCUUGAGAGUUCCCUCUGGAGAUCCAAUGAUUAUGGGACAACCUACACCAAGCUUAACCUGAUGCCUGGGACGACCAUCAUUGUCACAAACUUUUACAUUUGUCCCACCAAUAAGAAAAAGGUGAUCUUGGUGAGCUCCAGCAUUAAUGAGCGUGACCAGAUGUUCUUCAUUAGCACAGAUGAGGGCUCUUCUUUCCAACGACAGCCCGUCUCCUUCAACGUGGAAACUCUUCUCUUCCAUCCAUCUGAGGAAGACAAACUCCUGGCCUACAGCAAAGAAGCCAAGCUGUAUGUCUCCACUGAUCUGGGACUCAAGUGGACUUUACUACAGGAGCGUGUUACUAAAGAUCGAGUUUUCUGGGCUGUGACGAAGGUGGAUGUGGAUCCUGAUUUGGUUCAUAUGGAGAUUCAGGACAUUGGUGGAGGGUUCCUUUAUGUGACGUGUCUGAUCCAGAAUUGCUCAGAUAAAAUGGUGACAGCACAGUUCCUUGGAAAGAUUGACCAAAAUUCCCUCUCAGUGCAAAAUGAUUACAUAUUUGUGAAGGUAACCACAGGAAAUCGCACCAAGCAUUAUGUCUCGUACCGGAGGAAUGAAUUUGUACAGAUGAGAUUUCCAAAAUACGCCCUUCCGAAGGAUGUGCAAAUUGUGAGUACGGAUGAAAAUCAAGUAUUCCUGGCUCUGCAGGAAUGGUAUCAGACAGACACGUACAACCUCUACCAGUCAGAUCCACAGGGCGUCUAUUACUCCAUUGUGCUGGAGAACGUCCGCAGCACCAAACAGCCUGAAGAGAAUGUCCUCAUUGACAUCUUAGAGGUACGUGGGGUUAAGGGUGUAUUUCUGGCCAAUCAGAAAGUAGAUGGAAAAGUCACGACUCUUAUCACUUAUAACAAAGGCAGAGAUUGGGAACGUCUUGCUCCGCCCACAACUGAUAUGAAUGGAAAACCUGUGAAUUGCAAGCAGCCCGAUUGUCACCUCCAUCUCCACUUGCGAUGGGCUGACAACCCGUACGUGUCUGGAACAGUGCACACUAAAGACUCUGCCCCGGGCCUGAUAAUGGGUGCAGGUAACCUGGGUUCUCAGCUGGUUGAAUAUAAAGAGGAAAUGUACAUCACCUCAGACUGUGGCAAGAACUGGAGUCAGGUGUUUGAGGAGGAACAUCAUAUUCUUUACCUGGAUCACGGUGGUGUCAUAGUGGCCAUUAAGGACACAUCAAUUCCUUUAAAAAUACUCAAAUUCAGCAUUGAUAACGGAAAAACAUGGAGUGUCCACAACUUCACCAGCACUUCUGUAUUUGUGGAUGGACUUCUGAGUGAACCUGGUGAUGAGACAUUGGUUAUGACGGUAUUUGGCCACAUAAGUUACCGUUCAGAUUGGGAGCUGGUGAAGGUGGAUUUCCGCCAGUCUUUUCCCAGACAGUGCACAGAAGAUGAUUAUGACUCUUGGAAACUCACUGACUUGCAGGAAGAGAAAUGCAUCAUGGGCCAGGAACGAAUGUACCGGAGAAGGAAAGAGUCAUCGUUUUGCAUUAAAGGGAAGAGCUAUACAUCAGCUCUAACUGCUAAACCAUGCCAGUGUACAGAGAAAGACUAUGCCUGUGACUACGGUUUUGAGCGCGCUCUCAGCCUCAAGUUAGAUGGUGAUCGCUGUUAUCCUGACUUCUGGCAUGAUCCCGACGCUCCACCUGAAAACUGUCAUUUAGGACAAAGCUAUAAAUCCAGCACAGGUUAUCGAAAGGUCAUCACUAAUGUUUGUGAGGGCGGGGUGAACAAAGAGCAGAGCGCAAAGCAGCAUUCUUGCCCUCUGCUGCCCCCUAAAGGCCUGCAGCUGGGUAUUAAAGGACAGAUGUUGGCAGUGGCACCUGGGGAUGACAUCACCUUUAUAGUCCAUCAAGAACAGGGCGAUACCACAAGUACCAGAUAUCAGGUGGAUUUAAUGGAUGGUGUCAGGGCUAUAUAUGAAAACCUGACUGUCACAGAUGAACCCAUUCAGCACCGUUAUGAGAAGCCAGGUGUUUAUCGUGUCAAUGUAAAGGCUGAAAACGCCGUUGGACACGACCAAGCCUCCCUGUACAUCCAGGUCACAGCUCCUCUACAAGAUGUCCAUCUGGAGGUGGUACCAAUUGCUGGCAGAAACCAAGAAGUAAAUCUCACAGCUAUAGUGCUGCCUACUGAGGCAAACCUCACAGUGUUUUACUGGUGGAUUGGAGAUAACCUUCAGCCAAAACUGACCUUGGAGAACAGUCUGGUUGUGAGGUUCUCCGAAGAGGGGGAAGUUCCUGUGACGGUCCAGGCAUCUAAUGGUCGCUCCAUGGUGCAGGACAGCAAGACAGUUCAUGUUUAUGAUCGUUUCCAUAUCAUUCCACUGAGUUUCAGUCGUAAUUUGGACCACUUUAAUCCAAACAUCCCUGAAUGGAGACAUGAUGUGGGGCAGGUCGUCACAAAGCUUCUCGCUAAGCUUACAGGGAUUCCACACGAUUUAUUGGUUACCAUGGUGAAGCCGGGAUUUCCCACCACUGCGGACCUGUAUGUUCUUCCUCAAGAUGGUACACCAGUUAAAAGAAGUGUGUUUGUGGACAAGCGUGUUACCACCAUAAAGCAGGUUUUAAGUGAGAAUAAUGUGAGAUUCAUCGUGAGAGGAGGGCUCAGAGUGUUGGUGAAUUUGGCGGAUUCAGAUGCAGGACCUGUAACUACUGACUUAUCUCCCAACCCUGCAGAGAAUGACACAACAAUGGCUUCAUCCUCACAAGGUUCUCGUUUGGGUGCAGCAGGUCCUGGUGUUUGGGCUCUGGUUGUAAUACUUCUCAUCGGCUUGAUCUCUCCUGCAGCAUUCAUACUUUAUAAGUUUAAAAGGAAAAACUACAAAAACCAUGGUUCCUUGCUGAGGCCAAAGGAGAGCAGCCUAACCCAUCCCUGGCUGCGUUUCAGAAAACUGCCAGGGCGAAACGUCUACGCCCAGAUGCACAAUGAGAAGGAGCAGGAAAUGACCAGCCCUGUCAAUCACAGUGAGGACACACAGAAUAUCAUUCAGGACGAGAACUACAUCGAUGAUGGCCUCGAGUCGCAAACUCUAGGUAACGCUGGAGGCAACCAUUCAGGGGUGGUGUUGAACAUAAAUGCAAGGGAGCUGCACAGUUUCCUGACGAGCUGAUGACCAAUGGGAGGGUGCCAGUGAUGAGCACAAAAGACUUUGCCUUCCUGCUCUCUCCAGCUCUGUCCCUACAGACACCCUUACAGGAGAGAAACACCUGCACCAAACCUUCUCUUCCUCUCUCGACCUUCUCUCUGUUCCAGCCUCUGUUCCCUCACUACUGAAGGUGGAUUUUUGUACCCAACCAACUGUGGCCAGGUUGCACUGUCGACGUACGCUUGCAGACAUUUCUCAUCUGACUGUUGAUCAACGUCUCUCUCAUCUGCAUAUCAUGCAGUCUGUCUCAUCUCACUUUCUCUGCUCAUUACGGGACUUAGGAAAGGCCCCUACGUGUCACUGCACUCCUUAAUGCCCAGGGACGAACACAUUGACCAAACACUUUGUUUCAUCUGUUCUCACUGUGAUUUGGUUUUGUCUUUUCUGCCACACCUUCAUUAUUUCUGUGUGUGUUAAUACUGUUUUAGACUCUUAGGCCACUGAGGUGUCGUGUUCAUAACUCAAACUAGACUCUGUAAAUGAACGAUGUGCAGAGGUGGUGCAACGCACGUAGCAAGCAAGAUACGAUAUACAUUUGAUUCAGGGGAAGCAAUGUUUGUUAGAUAUAGCCAAAGGGAAUACACUUAGGAUAUUUUACACUGUCACUUCUCUUUCUUUUGGUCAAAUGCAAUAACACAACUUUCUCUCUUUCUUUUAGUCAGUAACAAUAUAUUUUUUUUCUCUUUUUAUGAACAUACUAUGCAGUAAAGUCAAUUUUUAUUUUUAUUUUUGCCUGGCUCAACAUCAGUUACCGUGUUACUGUCCUCUUCUGACCCACAAUAUUUCUAUCUAUAGUGCAGUUAAUAAUUACUACGACAAUGUAGAGCUUAUUAACAAUAAUUACAUUUAUACCAGUUAUGCAAAGUAAAAAAUUUGGCAUUGGGUCAAAACCGAGACAACUUAUACAAAACAAUAAUAAGUGGCGUUAACAAGAAUAAAGAGUUGGCUAUAUUUUGUAGCCCCUUACUUUGGGGUCUGGUAAAAAUGUCCCCAGUCCCCCCACCAACACAGCUUUGCCAGUCAAUUUUUUUUGUUUUCUGAGCCUUCAUAUAUUGUUUUAAAUAGAAAUAAAAAAAUCUCUAGGAACUGCUGUGCCAAAUAUUCAUCUCUUUUGGAUCAUAAUCCGUUUUUUCAUUGCGAAACGAAACAAUAUAUCUUAACAAAUCAAAGUUAUUAUUCAUGGGCGUCGGAAACCAAUAUAUGGGUGGGACAAAAAACACUUUUUAAGACCAAUGAUAUUGGACUCACUUACUUUUACUGUCUUUAAUCCCGCGCAUAUGCCUGUUACCUGUUACCCAUACAUUCGGCCUCUCAUCUCCAACGGGAAGUAAAUUGCAGCAGUGUUCGCGAAGCUCAAGGCGAAAUGGCGAUUCGCGUUCUGAUGUGUGCUCUUCUGUAAAAUUUUGGUCUGUCUGUGUUCUGAAGAUGUCAAAGUUGUGGCAGCAAAGGCAGCCAAUCAGCGUCAAGUGCUUGUACUUUAUAAUGAGGUUGCCAGUUAAGCCCGAAGGGACACCAAAUAGGUGCAAAACCGUGCAUUUAAAAUCCCCCACCCUAAUAUAGCUUUCUGAGAGUGGUUUUAAAGAAGCUUCUAAGGCAUAAUACAGACCCAACCAAUUUUGUUGUCUACAUUUCACAUCACAGAACAAGAAUAAAUACCCCGUUCAAUCAUUCUAUGUCACCUUUAAGUAAACAAAGCUUUAAGGUUAUAAAAAUCAGUUGUUUAAUUACGUCACCAGAAUACAAAAAAGGUAUCUACAUCAGUAAUUUUGGUGGGACCCACCCACAUAGUUUUUUUUUUUUGCUCCGACGCCAAUGUCAUUAUCCAUCGUGUUGAAAUGCUUUCUGAAAGCAUAUACUUAAAUUAUUUUACCCACAAACUUCAGUCAUCAAAUCUUGACAGGGAAUCACCACAGAAAGAUCCAGAGUAGCAUUUGCUAUCCGUGUGAGAAGUUUAAUGGUGUAGUGUGUAUAAGCCUAUAUUAGGCAUAAUUGGACAUGGUUAAGUUCCCUUUUAUUUAGCUUGUGUAUAUAUAACAAUGUGUACAUAGAAUCUUCAGUUGUAAAUAGCCCCAACACUUUCAAUAGACCAAAAUGUGCACUGUUUUCCCCAAAUGCCUCACACUGGGUUUUCUUGAAGUUCAGGAUUUCUAUAUGAACAUUACAAUGGUAACAUCUUGUCUUUCACUUCCUUAAUCAGCAUUGUUUACCGUAGGUUAUACCAUAUAACAUUUCACUACAUCUGUAACAUUGACACACUGAGAGUUUGUCCACCGUGUCCUUGUGUGUAUAUUGAUAUUAUUUGGACAUUUUAUGGGUUUGGGCUAUUUCAAUCAAGGUAGGUAACUGAAUGAACUGACUAAAUGUUUUCUCUCUGUUGUGUUAAGGGGGGAAUGAAUGAGGGUUUCUCACUUGCACUAACCACAUUGUUGUUGUACAGCUUAUAUAGUGUUGUUCAGGUGGGUUCAGGGACCACAUUUUAGUGUCUGUAAGUCCAGCACAUACGUGAAUGAGUAUGGCGCUGUGUCUUGAUCGUAUGUAAAGGGAAAAGGUUUGGGAAAUCUUGAUUGAAUGCAGUCUUUAUAUUGAUGGUUUACAGGGUCACUGUUUCUUUAAUAAAGCUUAAGCUAAGCAGAUUAUGGUUUGUUGUUUAAGCAUGAUUAGGACAAGAUCGCGUAAUGAUAAGUAAAUGUGGAGUCACUCAGCAUAAACCAAAAGGAAAGAUGGCCUCCCUACACUGACUGGAAAGUUUAUGCUAAUGUUUGUCAAUAAUAAUCAAUUAUAUACAAUGCAAACAGUGUGGACUCAUUGCACCAAGUUAUGUAGGGCUGUGUCAUGUAUAUUUUCACCCCCUUUAAGUGAAAUAAAGGAAAAUCUUGGAUGUUAUUCACAUUAUAAGAUGUUUCAGUAACUCUUUUGGUUUAAAGACUGCACUUACAUACACAUUGGCAUCCAUGUUUUGAAGCUCACCUUUACAGUCUCGACUAUUGUGAAAGCAUACGCAGUUAAAUUGAUUCUGUUUUUUAUUUGUUUGUUUUUUAUAAUGUAAAUGUUUUGACUCCACUACAGAAAGAGAGAAGCACUUAAUCAGUGUGUCUGAAUUCAAACACACCAUAACUGUAUAAGUUUGUUUUGUUAGUUUGAGCUGUUUAAUAAACUUUUAACAUUGUUCAUGAA